AUGAAUCAGAUUGAUAAAGACAAUUUGAAAUCUUUAGAAGAAGACUUUAUGAGAUUAUACUGUGAUAUACUUCUACACCUUUCUACUGUGAAAAAUAGUAGUACUGAAUUCAUGAAAAAUCCUGUGAAUAACGCUCAAGACAAGGAUAAGAAAGACAAGGACAAUAAUAAUAACAAGGACAAGAACACUGAAUUCAAACCUGAAUGUAGAGAUAAUGUUGCAAGAACCUGCUAUCAUUAUCAAAAGAUUGAUCAUAUUCAGACUGACUGUUGA